UGGAUACUCAAGGAAAGCCAUCAACAAGGCAGUAGCAGUCAGACUUCACAAGCUUUUGGGAUACUAGAGUUUUGAUAUGCUCAACCGCCUUGGACAAAGAGAGAUAAUAAGCUAGCACCUGGUUUGCCCCCUGGUUUUACUUCAGAUCUGUUCUCCAUAGCCUUCCAAGGCCAAGUUUGGUUUACAACUCCUUCCACAGCCCUUAACAUCACAACAUCUGUACUUAUCUUCCAUGCUGAUCUUGACAUUCUCAUCUUUUCGGUUUGCCUUUCUAUAAAACACUUUUCUUUUAUCUCCCAACUCGUAAUUCACCAUUUGACUCUACCUUGCCCUGUCUUUAAAAGAUUUGGAAGAGCAUAUCUAAGGAUACAUGUCAUUGUAAGGUCAGUAGCUUUGCAAGAAUUUUGUCUUCUGUUAGCAUGUGUGGAUAUUGGGCGCAUGAGCAUACGACAUCCAACAAGAUUCCUUCAUUUGUAACGACAGAACUUGAAACUGGACACUUCGUAGAAGCACCAUCCAUGAAGCUUCUCUUGUUUUUAGUGUUUCUUGCCACCCUGCUGGAUAGUUGCUACAGCCUCCAGAACUGUACCAACCCAUGUCACAAGCAUGCCAAAUGUGAAGUUCGCAAUGGAAUCCAUGGUUGUUACUGUAGCCCAGGAUUCACCGGACCUGGGAUAGAUGCAGAUGGCAACAGUGGUUGCUAUGAUGAUAAUGAAUGUGCAAAUGCCACACAACUUUGUGGAGAAAAGGCGAACUGUACAAACACUAUGGGAAGCUACUUCUGCAUGUGCAAAGAUGGAUACAAAUCUAGUAAUGGCAACACAAGCUUUGUAACCAAUGACGGUACUUCUUGUAAAGAUAUAGAUGAGUGCAGUGAACUGGGGACCGGUGCCUGUGGAGAUCAUGCAGAAUGUGACAAUAUGGAUGGAGGAUACAGCUGCACCUGUAACGAAGGUUAUCAACCAUCCACAGGAAAAUUACAGUUUAAGGCAAAUGAUGGCACUUCCUGCCAAGCAAUACAAACAACAACCUGUGAACUGAACAACUGUAUAACUAAAAACAUUAACCAAACUUUAGCUAAAAUUAGUGAAUUAAAAGAUCCUCUGGCUGUAUUACAAGAAAUCAACAAAAACAGCAUAGGACCCGUUACACCAGCUGAAGUAAUUUCUUACGUUGAAAUGUUAUCUGUAUCCUUUUCCUUGCUGAGUACCACAAAUUACACCAUUUCUGAUGAGAGGCUUCGAGAUCAAACUCUUAAUGAAUUUGUUAGUACUGUAAAUAAUUUUGUUCAGGAGGAUAAGAAGACAGCUUGGGAAGCUAUCCCAGCAGACAAUAGAAGAAGAAGCCUCACCAAAUUGAUGCAUGCUGCCGAGGAAACAACAGCCUUCCUAUCUCAGAAUUUCCCAAAGAUGGCAGAAGUAGAUGUUAAUGCUAGUGAUUUGGCUGUAAGACUUUAUACAUUUGACCCGGAGAAGGUGAACCUCAUCAACCAAAAUACUCAGAUGGGAGGAGACAGUAUUAAGAUCUCUGCAAAGAAAAAAGAAAUAUCGCCUGCUAAAGGCACAGUUGCAGUUGUGUUUCUGCGAUACGACAAUAUUGGAGCUCUGCUUUCAUUACCACAGAAUUUGUCCCUGACAGAAAAUACAGAGGAUAGAGAAAUAGUAGGUUCAUCAGUUAUAGCUGCUGCAAUUAGGUCCACUCCACCUGGGCUGUAUCCAGCUGAGAAAAUAAUAUUUACUUUAAAACAUCUACAGCCUGUAGGCAAAAAAGAUGUUAAAUGUGUAUUUUGGAAUUAUUCAGAAGACACAAUGGAAGGGAACUGGGCCACAGAAGGGUGUGAGAGGAUCCACUCCAAUAGCACACAUACGUCAUGCAGAUGUAACCAUCUUACUCAUUUUGCAGUCUUGAUGUCUUCAAAUGGCUCUAAAGUUGAAGCAAAGGAUUAUAUUCUUACAAGAAUCACUCAACUUGGAAUAAUUAUCUCAUUGAUUUGCCUCGCCAUGUGCAUUUUCACAUUUUGGUUCUUCAGUGAAAUCCAAAGUACAAGAACAACGAUUCAUAAAAAUCUCUGUUGCAGCCUUUUCCUGGCAGAAUUUAUUUUUUUGAUCGGAAUUAACAUGAACACUAAUAAGCUAUUCUGUUCCAUCACUGCUGGACUGCUCCAUUACUUCCUCUUAGCGGCUUUUGCAUGGAUGUGUAUUGAAGGCAUUCACUUGUAUCUUAUAGUUGUCGGAGUAAUCUACAAUAAAGGAUUUUUACACAAGAAUUUCUAUAUUUUUGGCUAUGUAAGCCCAGCAGUGGUGGUUGGCAUUUCUGCUGCACUGGGAUAUAAAUACUAUGGAACAACUGAUGUAUGUUGGCUCAGCACAAAGAAUAACUUUAUAUGGAGUUUUAUAGGACCAGCAUGUCUAAUAAUCCUUGUGAAUUGGAUGGCAUUUGGAGUAAUUAUCUAUAAAGUAUUUCGUCAAACAGCCAUGCUAAAGCCAGAAGUUAGCUGCUAUGAAAAUAUAAGAUCCUGUGCACGAGGGGCACUUUCUCUCCUUUUUCUCCUGGGGGCUACGUGGAUUUUUGGCGUGCUCCAUGUCAUUCAAGGAUCAGUGGCCACGGCAUAUCUUUUCACAGUUUUCAAUGCAUUUCAGGGACUGUUCAUCUUUAUAUUUCUUUGUGUGCUGUCACGAAAAAUCCAGGAUGAAUACUCCAGACUGUUCAGAAAUGUCCCUUGCUGUUUUAGAUGCUUGAGGUAAAUUGAUGGAAAGCCAAGAUGAGCAGCACUGUGGAAGGAAGCCGAAAACAAGAGGCUUUCGAAAAAUUGCUAUAUUGUGAAAGUAUGAAAUGAGCUGCUGAGCUGUCAUCUCUCUUAAAUCAAUUAUUUUCUCUCCAGUAUAGGUAUUGUACUUAAAUGUGCACUCAGGCACGCUAUAUUGUGUACAAAAACUGCAUAUCUGUACAAGACAGACUGGUUUAUUGUGUAACAAAUAAGGUUUCUAAAGGCGCCCAGGACUCUUUAGGGCAAACAACUGAAGCUCAAAAGGGGGAAAAGUGAAUCCAAGGUGAAAAGCUUUUUGUUGUUAUUGGCAGAUUGACUCUUCAUUUCAUAUCUAAUGCUUGGAAAUGAAAUAAUUUCACUUAUUACUGUUUAAAGAGAGUACAACCAUUACAGUGUUUAAAAAAAGUUUUACCUUGGUCAAAAUAUCGUGUCCUGUCUUGAAAGCAGCUAAAUUAAGAAAAUAGUGAGCAGUUCUUUAGUUCUGAUCAUAAGGGGAAAACAUACAGCAAUUUUGCUAGCUGAAAGUUUAGAUGGAAGGCGUCUAUUAGCUCAGGAGCUCUCAGUUGUGACAAUUGUAGGAUGGGUGGACUUCAAUUCCCAGAAUUCCUCACUCAGCCAUGCUGAUUGAGGAAUUCUAGGAAUUGAAGUC